AUGUACGUGCCAUGCCGCUUCGACGCGUGGUGCCGCGCGACCAACGGCUUUGACUGCGCGAAGCGCCCGACGUCCAUCGUCGCCAACUGCAGCUUGCUCGAGCUGCGGGCCAACGCGCUGAGUCCUUUCACGUACCUGCGAGAGCACGGCGAGAGCACGCUGUACCACCGCUACUCGCCACGCACGCCGUACGGCCAAGACACGCUCAACCUCUCGUACCCGGGCGCGCCCGUCUUGAGUCCUGGCUUGCUCACGACGCCUCCGUACACGGCCAGCGUCGACCGACAACUCGCACAAGUGGAGCUCCGCGUCGUUGUCCAAGGCGUUUACGUCUGUGCCAACAACGGCAACUGCUCGGCGCCUAACAUCUGCGUCUGCGCGCCGGGCUGGGCAGGCUUCGACUGCCGCGUGCCGGUCUGUACACAAGGGUACUAUACGCCAACGCAACCGACGCUCGUGGCCGCCGAUCCGAUCGCCAGCGCGGCCGCCGGGCACCCAUCGUCGAACGGCAACCCGACGUACUCGCAAACGACCGAAGUGUUGUCGUGGGACCAGUACACGGCGACGACUGCCAUGGUCGGCGGCGCCGCCUUCUUGACCGCUGGCGGACGCCAAGGCGGCUACGCGUGCUCGAUCCGAAGCCUGACGCAAUUUGAGAAGCCCGCGACGCUCACGUCGCCCGCCAACUACUGGGACUUUCCCAACUACUACUCCCUCUACAUGGACAUGCGUAUGUACUGGCCGCCGCUGUACGAGAAGACGGCGCCGGUUUGGGACAACACCCAGAUGGGGUAUACCCGCAACGGCAUUUGGCGCUACGUGGCCCCGACGCAGUGGCAAAAAGGCACGUGCCUCGUCCAAUUUCAGCGCGCGUGCGGCGGCCCGUCGUCCUCGACCGUGUCGGUGGACCCGGACGCGAGCUACCGCCCGCAGUUGCAGUACACGGCGGUGAAAGCGUCGGGCGUCAUCACGAGCUAUGCGAACGAUUGCGUCGACAGAGUCCUUCGCGGCUGCUACAACAAUGGCACGUGCAUUGCUCCCGACACGUGCGUCUGCGCGGCGGGCUGGACGGGCAAGGACUGCUCGGUGCCCAUCUGCGCUCCUGCCUGCAUCCACGGCACGUGCACCAACCCCAACCGCUGUGUGUGUGACGUGGGCUGGACCGGCGCCAUUUGCAACGUGGCCAUUUGCGCCCAAGACUGCCGCAACGGAGGCCACUGUGUUGCACCGGACACGUGCGAAUGUGUGACGUGGCCGUCGGGCUGGCGCGACGGACGCUCGAACGGCGGGCUUCCAAUCUUUGCGCUGCCCAGCGGCUCGCCGCAACGCACAGGGUGGACUGGCUACGACUGCAACACGCCCAUUUGUACGCAAGCCGAAGCGUUCGUCUUGAACGUGGCGCGGUCGGACGCGACGUUUGUCGCGCUGCGAGGUCGAUUGUCGUCGUCGCAAGUUUCAAUCCUCGGGAAGGUCAACUGCACGCGCGUGCGUUGUCCGCAGUACGACAUCGAGGUCACUUCGAACGACGGCACGUCGUUCCAGUCGGGCUGCCCAGGGAUCCCGUACGCCAACCCUGUCUUUGGCGGCGACAAUGAGCUUCGGCAGCGCAACUGGGACGCGUACAAUGACGUUCUCAAUGACGGUCGGCAGUCGGCAACCUCGCUCUGUCGGGUCAUGGCGUGGCGCCAAGGCGAGUUCUCCAACCGCCAAGUGCGCAUCAACCACGAAAAGAGCGGCGAAGGCGAAGGCGUGUACAAGUGCUUCCACCAUGGCUCGUGCAUCGCGCCCGACACGUGUAGCUGCGGCGACGGCUACAGCGGCUUCGAUUGCCAAACGCCGCUUUGCCGGUUCCUGACGCCGUCCGGGGCCGUCACUUCGUGUCAGCACAGCGGCGUGUGCAUCGAGAAAGACACGUGCCAAUGCGUUCAGUCGCCGUCGAUUCUGCAUCAAAAGUACCCGGCCGCGCCCCGGGGCAUGACGGGCUGGACCGGUUCGAGCUGCUCGAUGGCCAUUUGUGUGCAAGGCUUCUUCGAUGCCAACUGCUUUGAUCAAGACCCCGUCGGCCGCGAAGGGUGCUACCGCUGCGCAAACGGCGGUCAGUGCGUCGCGCCCGAUCUCUGUGCUUGCGCCGACGGCUGGACGGGCUACGGACUGCAAGACGCCCGUGUGCAAGGUCCAGGUCACACCGGCGAUCCGCGACCAACUCUUUACGCUCGAUGAAAGCAAGGU